AUGGGUUCAUCUUCUUCAAAAAAUACGACGUGUUUUCUAGUGAUGAUGCUCAUGUUGUUGUUCAUCAUGCAAUAUGUUAAAACGACACAUUGUGCAACCAUCCCUUUUAACGUAAUUGUUCAAAAAGAUAAUUCAGGCAAUUUUACCACAGUGAGCGACGCAGUAAAAGCAGCCCCCAAGAACAGCAAGACACGCUACAUGAUCAGAAUCAAACCGGGGAGGUACAAAGAGCACGUCGAAAUUGAAUCGGAUUUGACAUACAUCAGUCUAAUAGGAGACGAUGUAACUACAACGAUCAUCAUCUUUGACCGCAGCAAUGGUUCAGGAUUCAAAACUAAUGAAACAGGAACACUAAGUGUCAUGGGGCAAGGUUUUGUUGCAAAGUCGUUAACCAUAGAGAACUCGACGGGCCCACAGAAUCACCAAGCUGCUGCAUUAUACAAUACAGCAGAUCAAUCGGCCUUUUAUAACUGCAUAUUCCUUGGCUACCAAGACACCCUCUACGCAAAGGAAAACCGUCAAUUCUACAAAGAUUGCAAAAUCUACGGCACUGUCGACUUCAUCUUUGGUCACGCUAAAGCCGUCUUCCAAGACUGUCACAUCUACGCUCGUCCGGAAACCUUAAUCACCAUCACCGCGCAAAACCGAGCAAGCGAUAGUGAGGUCAAUGGCUUCUCCUUCCAAGGCUGUCAUGUGGAAGCCACUCUAGGGCUAACACCGCCGCAAAGGGCAAACUUGAUAGUCUUUCUCGGUCGUCCGUGGGAUAGGUACUCGACGGUGAUUUUCAUGCAGAGCAUUUUCGAUGACAUUGUGGACCCCCAAGGGUGGACGGAGUGGCCCGGAGUUUCCGUUGAUCACUUGUAUUAUGCCGAAUACGACAAUAGCGGUCUCGGUGCCGACACUUCAAAGAGAGUGAAUUGGAAAGGUUACCAUGUCUCAAGAAGUGGAUGGAAGCUGAUUGGUUUACGGUGGCCAAGUUUAUUGAUGGGAAUAACUGGUUUCUGA